UUUUUCAGCAGGAGUAGGGAGCUAUUUCACUGUGGUGCAAACAAAAGACUGCAGAUCUAGUUCUCACACUCACAUCCAGCCGACGAUAGGCAAUGCGGUAAGGAGCAAUAGACGAGUGCAGAUUUGAAGCCUCUUAUUAUGUAGUUUCAGGUUCCGUACUGCGCGCCUUCCAGUGACGCCGGAAGAAAACAGACGCAGCAUCCAGCUUUGCCAGGACGCUGAAGCUUAUUUGCUGUACCAAGAAGAUGUAUCAAGUACCAGUGAGAGACGUGGUAAAACUCCGAAGAUCAAGAAAAAGAGUGAAAAGUAUUUUGUGUGACAUUGCUUUGCAGAGCUGUCAGGACUUAAUAGAGAAAUACAAAUCUUUCGAUGCUGGUGAAGAAAGUUUCAAUAACACGGAGUGGGAAGACUUCAUAGAUGGUAAUGUUGGCAAAAAGCGAAAAAAGUGGCGAUAUCGCCCCGAGGCUCUCUGCUGCAGCCUAUGCUGGUUCUCCACCCGUUCUUUUUACACCUUUAGAGGUCACGUGCAACGGUGUCAUGAGGAGGAGCUGGACCUCGCUUGUCUCUCCACUUGCCCCAAAUGCACAUUCAUUAGCCACCCUGAAAUCACAGAGCAGCACAUAAAAUAUUUCCAUACCGUGCCCACCAAGGCAUGUCCCUCUGCUCCCUCCCAGUCGGCCAGCCUCCCUUCAAAGGCUGUUACUGUCACAGCGUCUGUCGACCUAGGUGAAGAUAGGUACACAUGUGUGAACUGUGGCUACCAUGAUUCUUUACUUUAUGUGAUGAAGAAACAUGUUUUGGUAAACCACUAUGCUACAUUGUUGAACCGUUACUUUGGGCACAGGCUGGAAAAUGGACAAAACACUGAUGGUCAAAAAAAUAGAGACAGUGUUCCAACAUCGAGGUAUUACUGUAAGGAGUGCAAGUUGCCAGCCGAGACCAUAGAACAUCUGCUCUAUCAUAUUUUGAGCUCAGAUAAGCAUAAGGAACUGCAUUGGCAUAUUAUGCCAUUCAUCAGUGAAAAAAAUAUCUCAAAUGCAGGACAGCAGAAGUUCCAGAGCCUUGCACCAAAAGUGGCGCAGCAAGGCAAAAACGUCAGCAUGGUCCAGAGACCAAAUGUUGCACAACAUCCCAAGGCAGUGAAGGUGAAUCCGCCAUCUAAAUCCAACGGUGCCAUGCUUCUUACUGGGCCAACCAACACGACCGCUCUUUUGUGCUCUCCUGGAGCAAGGCAGAUCUUCCUCUCCUCACAGACUCCAUCGUUACUACCUGGCACAACUGUGACCACAAUUCAGAACACGCAGCAGCAGCCCUCGACUGGAAUCCAAGCCUUGUCCACCUCCCCAGUGGUCAAGUCUCUAAACAUGGUAGUGCCAAACAUGUCACAGGGCACUCCUAAACAGGUACCUGUGGCCAUGACAGUGCCCAGGCUUCCGCAGGCCCAGCCAGGGCAGCAGAUGCUUCUGCCGCCAGGUGUUCAGGUCAAUCUCCCCGGGAAGAUCGGCGUGCGUCCACCCAUGCUGUUGACCCACAGACUACAGCUGAAUCAGUCCGCUCCCAGGCCCCCUAUCAUAGCCUCCCAGUCAGUCAGGCUCAUUCCCACAGGCAACAAGGUGAACGGCGUCCCAACUUACACCCUGGCACCUGUGCAGGUCACGACGGUACCUGUCCAGCCGAACUCUGGUCAGGUUGUCAACAGCGCACCAGUGGUUUUGGCUCAGAAUGGGCCUCAGAUUGGCAAGCCCACUGUGAUGGGUCCACCAAACACAGCAGUAGUGCCUGCCAAGGCAGCAUCUUCAAGCCAAAAGCUGACUUUGAGUAAAAAUAAUAAACCAAAUGAGCUAGCUGUCCUCACUCCAUUUCUCAAGAAGCAGAACGACCAUACUGUCAAAUGCCUGAGGUGCAAAGUGCUGUUGACGGAGCAGUGGAUUUUUCAGCAUUUGUUGCAUGGCUUGAAGUGUUUGUUCUGCCCUCAGAUGUUCUACUCCUUCAAGCAAAUCAUGGAGCACACAAAGAAAGAUCACAGCUUGAAAAUAAAGAGGAACCGAGAUUUCAUCAAAGAACAGUAUAAACUCAACUGUGAUGAAGAAGGCAAUCUUAUAUUUGCUGCCUUUAACUUGAACACAGAUGUACCCAAAGACCUGCUUGAUAACCGAGAGCUCAACCUUGUACUAGUCACCAGUACUCAAGACAAAAUAUACAUAAAGAUGUAUCCAGACUCUGCAAAGGCAGUAUACCCACCAUCGCUAAAAACCACGCCCACUGUCUGUCCAUUCUGCCAGGUGAAGCUCCAGAAUUCAGAGGACUAUGAGCUACAUUUGAAAGGGACGCACCAUAUUGUUCCCACCAUCCACGCCAUAUUGAAGUCUCCUGCUUUCAAAUGCAUUUACUGCUUCGGCGUGUACUCGGAAAAGUCAACCCCCAAAACAAUUUCCAUUCACGUACAGCGCUGCCGGUGCGCUCCCAGGAAUGUAAAGGAAGCUGAGAGGCUGCUGAAUCCGGAUCCAAACGCCCACCUGAACGGAGACUUUCAGAACUCCGUCCAGCAGAUUGAAAACCCACAACAGCAGAACAUCCUAAAAACAGAAUUAGCCAACAUGGAAAAGAAGGAAACUGCCAAGUCAAAGAAAGAGGUAGCUACAGAGAAAGGUACCAAUGGAAAUGUUAAAGUAAGCAAGGUAGAUUUCCCUGCCCCUACAGUGGAGCUUGUUCUGGAUCCAACAGGAAUGGAGAUGCGAUCAUUUGAGGAGAGGAAAGAGUUCCUCACAAAAUACUUUCAUCGCAAGCCCUACCCAUCGAAAGCUGAGGCGCUGAGUCUUGCUGCCCGCUUGUGGCUGAACAAGACUGAUAUACUUUCUCACUUUGGCACUAAGCGUAGCCGAUGUAUGAAAGCAAUCCAAAAGAGAAGGACUGUUGUACUUCUUGGGUUCAACAUGACCGAGGUGAAUAAAGUGAACCAUAACCUUCUCGUUCCUGAGGUGGAGCCUGCUAACUGAAGUUGACAAGUAGAGAGAUGUAUACUGUAUUUAAGUAUGUGGAGACUGUCCUAUACACCCUUAAAAUGUGCUCAAGAGUAAAAUGAUGUACACCAGGACAGUCAACCUCCAGUUCUGGAAAUCCACUGUUGUUUUCAUUGCUCCAGCACAUCAGCUAUGAAAAGCUUGCUAUUUUAAUUUGGUAUAUUAACACUAAGCUGCAAUGUUGUGGCUCCCUAGUAUAGGAAUUCAGCACUCCUGUUUUACAUGUUGACAAUAUAAUUGAGUUUUGGCAUUUGUGUCUUUGUGAGGAGAGGAUGUAAAGAAUUACAAAUAAGUCAUUGUUUGGGUACCUUUUAUGAUAUUCCUUAGGCCAGUUGUAAAUAGUUUGCAACUCUAUGAUGUUGAAAUUAUUUUUACAUAGCUCUUCUUUAAAAAAUAACUGUAUGGAUCCCUUUUGUAUAUUUUUGUGUGUGUGUG